ACAGGAAGGUGAAAUUGCACAGGGGUUAAGGGAACCAUGGGGUCUGUGAGAUAUGGUGCGUUGAUGUGGUGCGCUUACUUUCUAAUCACCCUGUAUAUUAAACAUACACACUGUAUGACUAAUCAGUGAUAUAUUACAUCUAUAUGUUAUGUUCAUUUAAACGCCGGUCAUACAGCCGAGUUAAAUCAGUUUUAUAACGUUGUGUUUAGAAUAUAGCCGUAUAAUAAAUGUGGGCUGUAUAAUUCCAAAGAGUAGAACAUGCGAACGUUUCUCCAGCAGGGGGCGCAGGUGUCUCGCUGAUAUUGUGUUGCUUUUCUUGUGACAGUAAAAUGACAACUAAUCGGCCUCACCCAACACAGUAUAUUUUUCGUGGGGAGAUACUAUAUUUAAUGUAGAUGACUCCAAUCCUAAAUGUACCACGGGCACGCUAUUUACCUCCAAACAUCCAACAUCACUCAAAUUCUACACUGAGUGAUCAAUUGCGUUUACAAAUGCAUACAAACGCUCCAUUUUCAGUUAUUCACAUUGCUGUAAGAAUAUAAACCGAUCGCACGAUUACAUUCGCAUAUAAUAUGUUAUAUCUUAUUUACAGAAUGCUAUUUUUUUCUUUCUCUCAUACAUCAAUAACAACACAGGUAUGCGAUGAAAUGUUUGAAAAAAAUUCCAGACAAAAAGUGUUGGGGGAAGUUUACCUGUGUAGCAAUGGGGAUUUUUAUCAGAUAUAGAGAAUCUGCUAUUUACUGUGAAGAAGGCGAUUUGUCCAUAAUGAAACGUUCCUUCAACGCGCAGUUGCAGUUCCACUUUUGGCCGGCAGGGGGUGGAGCACAGCACAGUCCUCGCAGCGCAGCCUCUUCAGAUAGCAGAUUGGAACCUGGCGUUUAAACAUCAGUCAGGGGUGUGAUGUGUGCCAGUCUGUGUUCAGUACGCGGAGGCGCUGCAUGAGGAAUUGGUUCAUCCGUUUCUCUUCUCUUUUUCUUUACCUUCUCCAUUUGUGUCACUAAAUCCCCCGAAGAUGCCUUCAAAUCAGAAACUACAAGGUGGAAAAGCAUUCGGACUCUUAAAAGCACAGCAACGGGACCGCUUAGAAGAAAUCAACAAGGAGUUUCUUGAAGACCAGAAGUUUAGCGAUGAAGAGGACCUUGCAGAAAAGCUGGACUCUUUUAAAAGCAAAUAUGUUGAAUUUGACCUCAACGAUCAAGGGGAGAUUGACAUGAUGGCCCUGAAGAGAAUGAUGGAGAAGCUGGGGGUCCCGAAAACCCACCUGGAAAUGAAGAAGAUGAUCUCGGAGGUGACAGGAGGGUGCAGCGAGACCAUCAGCUACCGGGACUUUGUGAAAAUGAUGCUGGGGAAACGAUCUGCUGUCCUGAAACUAGUAAUGCUCUUCGAAGACAAGGCCAACGGAAGCAGUUUGAAGCCAGUCGGACCUCCUCCUAAGAGAGACAUCACAAGCCUCCCCUAAAGGAUUCCAGGGGAACCUGGACCAACCCGCACAGAGUCCCACAAAGUGUCUUUGCAUAGGUUUGUAAGUAGAGCCACGGUUAGGCAUCGGCUGUGAUCAAGCCAGGAUGCAGUCAGGUGCUGAAAGCCUGCAGUGUGCGGAGCAGGACCUCAGCUGCCAAGGGUCGCUUCGCCAGAUUUUAAUUAUGGAGCGGUGCUAUCCUUAUAGCGGCUUUUAAAAAGUACACUACCAAGCAACAAGACAGACAGCAACUGUGUGGUUUUAGGAAAGGUCAUGUAUUGUGUCAGCAUUACACGACCGCACACAGUGAUCAUAGCUUUUGUCACUGGGUACUUUUUAAAAACUAUUUCUGCGCCAUAGUUGAAAUUUAAUCUUAGGGUUAGUAGUAAAAUAUAUUUUUUAAACACUGUAAAGUAUAACAUUUAAUAAAUACUGUAUAUAUCUUUUUUUUUUAAUUAACGGAUACACUCUUGUUAAUGCCCUAGUCCUUGUCAUAACCCCCUUCCCAAUCUCGACUCAGUCAUAUUUAUUAUACCAUUGACACUCAUUCUAGUCGCAACUUCCACCCAAUUCUGACCAAAAUCAAAUUUAUGGUCCCGUGGGGCAUUCACAAGAGUGGAUCAAGUACGGGCAUUACCCUCUAUAGAAACAUAUGAAGCAGGUUUGUGAAAAUGAUGCACAGCUGUGUGGUUUAAGUCAAAUCCCUCACCAGUCCCAUUGACAGUGUCUAUUGUACAUCAGGUAGCAGUGCCAGCUGAAUCGGAUGAACAGAGAGCCGAGGUCUAUUCUACUGAACAACUAAAACCUGCUGUUAUUCAUUAUACCUGCUCAUUUCAGGCUGGAACACAAACCCCCCCACCACCCCACCCCCCUACACUUGCAUGGAUUUAAUAGAUGGAUCUACUGUAAGUCUGCCAUUGCAUAUUCGUAUGAGCCAUUUCAGUCUUUAUUAUGAGUCUGCAGUAAUGUAAGUGGACUUUUGUUACCGAUAAAGUGUGAUUAAUGUAAUAAAACUCAUAGUAAAACCUGGAUCAGCCAACACUGGUAUGCAAUGGAAGGCCUUAGCUGGAUUAUAAAGUAACUCUAAGAUAGUUUUGCUGGGUUUUUUUUAAAUUUUAUUAUCAGCUGGUUACACGCACAGCUUAAUGCAGGUCGCCUUCUAAAGCAAGCCUUGUAACUAUACAAAGAAUGACUUGUGGUCUGUGGGUUACAAUGAGAGUUAAUAUAUAGUUUUGUUAUUUUCAAAUAAAGGCACAUGUUAAUACAUGGGGUCAAUAAAUCAGCCCUGGGGAUCAAGCCCAGCUGUAUUAAUAUAGAGAAAAACUGCAAUGGCAUUGAUAUCCGUCACUCUUUGAGAAGUUCAUGUAAAAAUAAAACUAAUAUUACAAUUAAGAGCUGAGCUGUUUAAAUCAAUGCUUACUGUAUAUGGUUUUUUUAAUUCACUUUUUAAUGCAGAGAGCAGCACGUGUAAUAAAAGGUAAUAUAAAGACUUAUUUAAAAAAAAAAUUAAUUGGAGUUAGAUUGCUAAAGUAUAUUGUGUAUUGUGCAUCCAUAACAUUCAAUCAAAAAAAAAAACAGGUAACACUUUUAAUUAAGAUACUCCAGUAGACAGACUUCCACUGAUGAAGACGCCAGCUGAAACGUUUGUCUGCUUCCUUUAGUUUCACGUACAUUUUACCGAAAUAUUGCAGAGUAGUGAAAAAAUCAAUAAAUGGCUUUUUUUAAGUGCCUAAGAGUAAAUGGCCUGAUAUAUUAAAAGCCGAGGUUGGAAAUUGGGGAGACUUGGUGCAGUGCAAGACCCACAUUGAGCCUUCAUAUGGAUGUGUGAAGCCAUCCCUUUAACACGGAUGUAGUGCGUUCUGUUUAUUGUCGUAAUAAUGUACUGACGCCCUUAAAGCCUCAUUUAAUUAAAGGGGAAGUGGCAAAUUAAAUAAGUCCAUAGAUUCCGCCUGUUAUGUACUGUAGGUCUCACAAGAAGCCUAUGUUAUUCCAAACACUUAUUUUGUUCAUGUAUCUAUGGUACCAAUCUAGGUUAAAGAAAGCUCUGAGAUUGCUUGCUUUGGUUUCAGAUACCUACAGGUCUUUCGGAGUCAAAGCACUUGAGUCUUUAAGGAAGUUUCUUUCCUUCGUUGCAGGAAAGGACCUUGGAACUGCAAACAGUAUAUAACAGAAUUUACAUAAAGUAAACAGUAUUUCUUUUGAGCAGCAUUUUUUGUGACAACUACAUUUAUUGCAGUUAUUUAGCAGUACCAUAGGGGAAAAUCUUAAGACAGGAAGUUCAUAUUAAAAACAGAACCAUCUGUGUGCACUAGGCUUUGUAAACCCUCAGGAUAGAUAAAGACUAGUGGGGACAUUCCAAGGACUUCAAGCAAAGCAAAAGUGAUUUUAUUUUUAACUGAUCUGUUGUACAGUGUACAAUGAACCCUGUUUCAUGUGGAAGUAGCUGCAUGCUACUGUUUUAUGUUCUCAUUUAUAUUUAAAUGUGUCAGGUAAACCAUUUGUUUGUUCACUGCUUUCUGAUUAGAGAUUUUUGUUUUUUGUUUGUAAAAAAAGAAAAUUAAAAAAAAAAAGAUUUGG